AUGGCAGAUAUUAAUUUACCAGAUUCAUGGGAUAAUGUUUCAGAUGAUGAUGAACAUAUUGUAAACAAUUUAAUUAAAUUAGAAAUAUCAAAUAGAGAGAGAAUAUAUCAAGAAGAACUAGAUGCAGAAGAUGACAACACUAUAGACAAUAAUAACAAAGGCAAUAACAGCAAUAGUAAUAUAACAAUACCAAAUUCAACUAUAAAUAAAUUAAAAAUUCUUGAAGAAGAAGAAGAACAAGAGGAACCAUUACUUUUAAUUAAUUUUACAAAGUGGUCGUACGAUAAAAUUAGAUGGAAGAACGGUAUUAUUGAAAACAAUGAUUUAUUUCAAAAGUUAUUACAAAAGCUUAAUCAAGAUGCAGAUUUUUUCGUUACAAUGACUGACGACUUGAUGGAAAGAGAUUUGGCAUUUCAUACAACCAAUAAAACAUGGCGUGCUGAUAUCAAACUGUUAGAGGAACAAUAUGGAUCUAACAACUUUUUCUCAGUUAUAAGCUAUCCACCAAUCGUUGGUGGUUUUCUAGUCGACGAGAUUUGGUCCAAAAUCAAAGAAAGAACCGAAUGGAAAUGUGUAAAUAUUUUAAAAUGUAUAUAUUUAGCUAAAACAAAUAGACCAUUAUUAUACAAACAUCAAAUGGCAAUGUCAAUAGAGUUUAUGGCUUUGGAACAAAAGCUUCUAGGCCCAACAGCAAAGCGUUUAAAAGAUGAAGAGGAUAUGGAAUAUGAAACACUCUUAAAGCAGUAUAAUGAAAGAAUGCAAAAACGUUAUGAAACAGAAAUCAAUGAAAAUAUCAUCAAAAACCUUCAACAACAAAUAUUUCAAUCUGAAGGUAUAUCAAACAAUAUAGAUAGAAUCCAUACCAUUAGCCAAAAUACACAACAAAAAUUAAACUAUAACAAUCAUUAUCAAGAAGAGAACUAUGAAGAAGAUGAUGACGAAAAUAAUGGUGAUGAAGAAGACGAGGAUAGCUAUUGUAGUACAUGCGAUGGAGGUAGCAACUAUAGUGAUGAAAUGGUAGAUGAUAAUGAACAAAAUGGUGAUACUAUUGAAGACAACAAUGACGAUGAUGAGGAUAACCAAUCAACAGCCACUACAAGCAGCUACCAACAAUCAGAUGAUGACGAAGCAGAUAAUGAACUAGAUGAAGAGGAUACAAGAAAAAAGAAAAAAGAAAAGAUGAUUGAAGAAAGAAAAAUAAGGGAAAUAGAAGCAGAAAAAGUUUUAAAACAAAGAGAAAAAGCCAAAAUUGAACAGCCUCCACCACCCCCAUUAAAUGUUUUAGAUAAAAUUAUGGCAAUGAUAUUUUCAAAGCUUCCAACUCAAACCAAUAAAGAUUUUCAUUUCCAAAUGCUAGCAAAGCUUCAAGACUCCAUCAAAGAAACUUGGAUAUCCGAAUUAGGAAUAUUACCACCCACAGUAUUAUGGCGUGAUCAAAAUGAAGAUCAAUAAAGCUUAUAAUAUAAAUUAUAUAACAAGUAAAGAUAAUAAUAAAAAUAAAAAAAUAAAAACCAAUAAUAAUAUUUGUUUUAUUAUUUUAACUUUUUUUUUUUAAUUUUAAAAAUAAAUUAUUAAAUUAUAAAUAUUAAUUUUUAUAAUGAAU